GUGAGUUCGCAGCACGCAAAUACGCGAGAGGGUCGACGCGGCCAAAACCAAAACAAAUAUUUUCGCAUAACCGCUAGUUUGAGGAUAGCUGAAUAAUUCAGAGCAAAAUCGCUCCAAAAAUUUUUAGUCAGGCCUAGUCAUUUGUAAGCUUCGAAGUUCGUGUUUGUCGUCGCGUAAAUGUGGGUCAUCGUCGGCAGCUGAGAUUUUUCCCACAGGAGAAGAUUACCGCAAGCUAUUCCACCACGACGACCACAGCUGAGACUUGACCAUUCGCGAAGGAGAGAGAGAGAGUGGGUAAAAAAGAAGAUUCACACAUGCUCUACCGCCGCUACACUGCACUGCCCAAGACUCUCUAGCUCGGCAUAAGCCGCGAUUUACUAAGUCCACACACAUAUCCAUCUCUCAACUCUCAACUAAACGCCUGUGACUGUGGCCUGUGCAAGCUGCUGCAAACAAAUAUCGGUCGGUUGAAGCUUCUCAGUAUUACCUACGGAUUACGUGCAGAAGGCUGGUCUAAUCAAGCUUGUAAUCAUGUUAUUCAUGUGUCACCAGAUGGCGAUGGAGCAUGAGUCCAAGCAGAAAGCCGCUGGCGGCGGAACCAGCCCUGGCACUUCCGCAGCCCAGACACCAACGGCAGCCGGCGAAAUUAUUCGUGACUCGAACGUGCCAAUCAUCUGGGUGCUGGGCGGUCCCGGCUGCGGCAAGGGCACCCAGUGCGAGAAAAUCGUGGCCAAGUACAACUUUUCGCACUUUAGCACCGGCGAUCUGCUGCGCGAUGAGGUCGCGUCCGGCUCGGACCAGGGCAAGGAGCUGCAGGAGAUGAUGAAGAAGGGCCUGCUGGUGUCGAACGAAACCGUGCUGAAGCUGCUGGAGGCGGCCAUGACGAAGGCGCUCGGCGGCACCGUCGGCUAUCUGAUCGAUGGCUACCCUCGUGAGCCUGCCCAGGGACCGGAAUUUGAAAAGUUCAUCGCGCCGGUGGACAUCGUUCUGUACUUUGAAUGUUCGAACGAAACGCUGGUGGCCCGUAUCAUGAAGCGCGCCUCCGAAUCGGCCACGGUUCGUGCCGACGACAACGAGGAAACGCUCAAGACCCGAAUUGCCACCUUUCGGGAGAACACCGAAAAGAUUCUGGUUCAGUACCCGACCCAGCUGCGACGAAUCAACGCCGAACGUGCCCCGGAGGAGAUUUUCGCCGAAGUGGAAAAGUCCAUCGACGAGCUGCUCGCCAAGAAGGGUAAAAAGGCCUAAGUUGCGCAACCAAACUCGACCUAAAUAAAUUUAAAUGUAACCAACCAAACCAUCACAACAAUUUUAAAAACCACAAACACGGGUGCUGCUGCUGGAGUUUCAUUGGUGCACAAAGUGCUGAGUUGCACCAGCUUUUGAGAAACGUUACACAAUAAGCGAGCUACAGUUAAACUUUACUCACAUUUUACGAAAGUUUUGAUAAUCCUAAGGCAAUCUAAGACGCGCUUACAGAAAGCAAGGCCAACCGUUUUGAAAUAAAUAAAACAAAAUCGCACGAAAGUGAAAAAACAAUAAUCGGUUUUUUAGCGUAGCGAAAAUUCUACAUUCAGUGUAACUCUAGUGUAUAUUGAAGUCGUACGGAUUCUAUUGAUGUAAGCAAUAUGAGAAUUACCAAAGAUUACCAUUUAUUUAUGUUAGCUUGUUGACUCUAAUAAAGCAAAAUUUAAAUGUG